AUGCCAGAAUAUAACUACGAAAAUUCAUUGCUUCAAAUUACUUUACCCACAUUGACCUCUUUCAAUGAGUAUCAUCGAGAAUUAAUCGAAUUGGCAGUUAAUUGCUCUUCGACAUCUUUAAUUAUUCACAUUUCUUGCCAAGAAAUUGAAUUUUACAGUAAUUAUCCAACAAAAUGUUGGACUGAGAUUCGUGAUCUAUUAAAUUUUCUAUAUAUAUCGGGAACCAAGGUUGCUUACGAAACUUUAAGACAUUUUCUUGAAAUUGACGUUAUUUUUGAAAAAUGGAAUGGUUAUAAUAUUGAAUUAGUUAAGGAAAAGAAUUUUGAUGUAUUUUUCGGAAGCGAAGCAGAACAAUCUCGAUUGCAAGAGUUUAAUAGUAGUCGCAAAAAAGCUUCAUUAUCUGAAAUACAUAUUCACAUAUUUGAUACUAAAAUAUCACCGAAAAACAUACAUGAUCAAAAUCGUAAUGAUUGUAAGCUUAAUGAGAAUCCCAAAAUAUAUCAAACCGUUGCCGUUGGAGGAACUUUUGAUCAUUUGCACGCUGGUCACAAAAUUUUAUUAACCUUAACAGCGUGGAUUGCAGGUAAAAAGUUAAUUUGCGGAGUCACCGGUGAGUUUAAAAGUCCUAAACUAAUCGUAAUUAAGCAUUCAUUAUAA